AUGACUAUCCAAGAUGCCGCUCGUGCUGCUGGCUGGUAUAGAUUCGAACAAGUCGAGCAAUACAUACCAAACGAACACAAGCUCUUCCGUGCAUCAUCCCCAAACUAUAUGGGUUUUGAUGGAUCCCUCAGCCUAACCCCCGCCGCAAUCCAAUUUAUCAAAAAUCAAGGCAUCGAUGGCCUGAUCAGCUUCAACCAAUGUAGCUAUACGGAUGCCGAGCAGAAGUCGCUCAAAGAAGCAGGCAUAUCCUUCCUCCACCUUCCCGUGAAAGAUUUCACCGCUGCAAGUACUGAACAACUCGAUCAUCUUUACCGCUUUUUCCUUGAGCACGGUGCAACCCUCGUUCACUGUGGAUAUGGGCAUGGGCGAACGGGAACAGGGGUGACUGCGAUCCAACUGUACAUAACUUCGGGGCAACACCCUAGCGAGGAGGAAUGGGCACCCGUGAAUCACGUGGAAAAGGAGGUUCAGAUGGAAGCACUUCGUGAGCUUCGAGCGAAACUAGAAAAAUAG